GGGCACUUUUGUGUGAUGGCAACUUCACUUCUAGGGGAGGAACCGCGGGUAGGCUCCACGCCGCUGGCCAUGCUCGCCGCGACCUGCAACAAGAUCGGCAGCCCCAGCCCCUCGCCGUCCGCCCUUUCGGACAGCGCGUCCUCCUUCGGCAAAGGCUUCCACCCCUGGAAACGCUCCUCCUCCUCAGCCUCGGCGGGCACCUGCGGGGCCGUGGGCUCCGGCCUCCCGGGCUUCGGCGUGGCGGGCGCGGCGCGGAACGGCUCCUCGGCGGCGGCGGCAGCGGCGGCGGCGGCGGCGGCCGCCCUCGUCUCGGACUCGUUCAGCUGCGGCGGCUCGCCGGGCUCCAGCGCCUUCUCGCUCACCUCCAGCAGCGCGGCGGCCGCCAGCUCGCCCUUCGCCAACGACUACUCCGUCUUCCAGGCGCCGGGCAGCGCCGGCGGCGGCGGCGGCGGCGGAGGCGGCGGCGGUGGGGCGGCAGGACAGGAGGCGGCGGCGCACCAGCCCGUCUUCAUCUCCAAGGUGCACACGUCGGUGGAGGGGCUGCAGGGCAUCUACCCGCGGGUGGGCAUGGCGCACCCCUACGAGUCCUGGUUCAAGCCCUCGCACCCGGGGCUCGGCGCCGGCGAGGUUGGCUCAGCGGGCGCCUCCAGCUGGUGGGACGUGGGCGCCGGCUGGAUCGACGUGCAGAGCCCCAACGGCGCGGCCGCGCUGCCCGGCUCGCUGCACCCCGCGCCCGGCGGACUCCAGACCUCGCUCCACUCGCCACUGGGCGGCUACAACUCGGAUUACUCGGGCCUGGGCCACUCGGCCUUCAGCAGCGGCGCCUCCUCGCACCUCCUCAGCCCCGCCGGGCAGCAUCUCAUGGACGGAUUUAAGCCGGUGCUGCCCGGCUCCUACCCGGACUCGUCCCCCUCGCCGCUGGCCGGCGCCGGGGGCUCCAUGCUGGGCGGCGGCCCCGCCGCGCCUCUGGCCGCUUCGCCGCGCUCCUCCGCCCGCCGCUACUCGGGGCGCGCCACCUGCGACUGCCCCAACUGCCAGGAGGCCGAGCGGCUGGGGCCGGCGGGGGCCAGCCUGCGCCGCAAGGGGCUGCAUAGCUGCCACAUCCCCGGCUGCGGCAAGGUCUACGGCAAAACCUCGCACCUGAAGGCGCACCUGCGCUGGCACACGGGCGAGCGGCCCUUCGUCUGCAACUGGCUCUUCUGCGGCAAGCGCUUCACCCGCUCCGACGAGCUGCAGCGGCACCUGCGGACCCACACGGGCGAGAAGCGCUUCGCCUGCCCCGUCUGCAACAAGCGCUUCAUGCGCAGCGACCACCUCAGCAAGCACGUCAAGACCCACAGCGGCCCCGGAGGCGCCGGGGGCCCCGGCGGCGGCGGCCCCGGCGGCGGCCCCGGCCCCGGCGGCAAGAAGGGCAGCGACACCGACAGCGAGCACAGCGCGGCCGGCAGUCCGCCCUGCCACUCCCCGGAGCUGCUGCCGCCUCCCGAGCCCGGCCACCGCAACGGCCUGGAGUGA